UGUAUCCGGGCACACUUCCUUCCACCAAAAUCUCACACACAGAAUCGAAAAUGGAGGAUUCCACUUCGCCGUCGGAGAAACCUAAAAAUCUCAAAUCCGCCCCCAAAUCCGGCGGCCGCAGCUCCACGAACACGAUCCACAUCGGCGGAAUUCCGGUGGAGUUCCCGUACAAGCCAUACGGCACUCAGCUGGCGUUCAUGAACCGAGUGAUCUCCACCCUCGACCGGGCUCAAAGAGAGGGGCACUGCCACGCGCUGCUCGAGUCGCCCACCGGCACGGGGAAGUCUCUGUCGCUGCUCUGCGCCGCCCUUGCGUGGCAGCAGAAUCAGAAGCUGAAGAAUAUUCGGAAUAAUUUGACCCAUUCGAGCUCUAGGGCUGACCCGCAGGCUGUGAGCGACCCGAUUAAUCACGGAGGCGGCUUCAUCCCUGAGACUCAGCCAUCAGGGAAUCAACCGCCAGCCACCAGUGCCAAAAAGGAGAAACAAAGAUUAGCACCAAUCAUCUUUUAUGCAUCGAGGACCCAUGCUCAAAUCAGUCAAGUGAUCCGGGAGUAUAAGAAAACACCGUACAGGGUCUCCAUGGCAGUUUUGGGGUCAAGAAAACAUUACUGCACCAAUCCCUACUUACGUGGUGACGAGAAAGUUGAUGAACAAUGUCGGUUGCUACUGAAGAAUAAAGAAGAUUCAUGCCCUGAAUACAAAAAUGUUCAUAAAGUCAGGGGUCAUCCCUCUCUUAGGAAAGGUGGUUGCUAUGAAGUCCAUGACAUUGAAGAUCUUGUCAAAAUUGGGCAAGAAGUUAAAGGCUGUUCAUAUUUUGCGGCACAUUCCAUGGCUGAAGAAGCAGAACUGAUCUUCUGCCCAUAUAACUAUAUCAUCAAUCCAAUCAUCCGGGAGGGACUGGAAGUUAAUAUGCGCGGGAGCAUCAUUAUUUUAGAUGAAGCACACAAUAUAGAAGACAUAGCUCGUGAUGGUGGUAGCAUUGAUCUUGAGGAGGAAUCUUUGCUCUAUUUGCAGACAGAACUGGGACAGCUGAGCCUGAGUGACGACACGACUUACCUACCCUUGCUUGAGAUGACACAGGACAUAUUGAGUUGGAUGGACCAAAGAAAAACUACACUGACGAAGCGUGAUUUCCAGCACCAUUUCCGCUGUUGGACCGGAGAUAAAGCUUCAAAAGAGCUACAAGAAGCUAAUAUAUCCGUGCAAAAUUUUCCAAUCUUGCAGCAAUGUGCCAAAAAAGCAAUCCGAAUUGCUUCAGAGGCUGAGCCAGAUGUUUCUCAUUUAACUGGGAUGGCAUCGCUAGUCCUGGAAGGGUUGUUCUCUUCACUCAGCUAUUUCUUCUCUGAGAAUGGCAUCCAUGUCCACAACUUUGAACUGGCAUUGCAAAGAGUUGCGAGGAAAGAUGAAGGCAAAGGUGGUUGGACCAACACUUUCAGUUUGUGGUGCUUGAAUCCUGCUGUCGUUUUUAAAAGCAUUGCUGAAUCUGCACAAUCAGUGAUUCUAACUUCAGGAACUCUUUCACCAUUGAAUACUUUCUCAUCUGAACUUGGCGUUCAGUUUGGCACUUGUCUGGAAGCCCCGCAUAUCAUAGAUGUUGAUUCGCAGGUGUGGACAGCUGCAAUCUCCACUGGUCCUGGUAACUAUCCACUUAAUGCUAGCUACAAGACUGCAGAUGAUUAUGCUUUCCAGGAUGCAGUUGGCACAUCUUUGGAGGAGAUAUGCAAAGUCGUUCCUGGUGGUUGUCUAGUUUUUUUUCCUAGCUACAAGCUAUUGGAUAAACUAAGCACCAGAUGGCAGGAAACGGGCCAAUGGUCCCGAUUAAAUGCUCAAAAAUCUGUUUUUGUUGAACCAAGAGGGAGCAGCCAAGAUUCUUUUGAGGCUACUCUAAAGGACUACUAUUAUUACAUAAGUCAUGGCACAAGAAAGUCGAAAGGGAAAAAGAUUAGGGGCAGAACGCUUGGCCUUAAAAAUAGCAACGCGGUUGAGUCCACAAAAGAUAUUAAGAAAGAAGGGGCAGCUUUUCUAGCAGUUUGUCGAGGCAAGGUGUCUGAAGGGAUGGAUUUCUCGGAUGACAAUGCUCGAGCUGUUGUUAUUGUUGGGAUUCCCUUUCCUAAUGUUUAUGAUAUUAAAGUUGCUCAGAAGAAGAAGUUCAAUGAUACAAAUGAGUUCUCAAAGAACCUUUUAAGUGGGAAUGAGUGGUAUUGUCAGCAAGCCUUUCGGGCUCUAAACCAGGCUGCCGGUCGUUGCAUUCGGCACAGGUAUGACUAUGGAGCUAUCAUAUUUUUAGACGAGCGGUUCCAGAGAGAGACAAAUCGAGCAUACUUAUCUAAGUGGUUGCGCAAGUCUAUUAGGCUCUACAACAACUUUGAAGAAUCACUAGACGGUUUAAAAUCAUUUUUUAGAGAUGUGAAGCUUCAUACUGGAAUAACAACUUCAUCACAAGAUCUGGUGGGAGACAGUGAAAACAUAAUGCCCAUAGAUAUGAAGAUGGAAGCAAAGAAGAAAAACAAUAAAGUAGCGAAUGCUAAAUGUUAUCAAAAGAAAGCAGAAGCGAAAAAUGCAUCCAUUGGUGAAAAAGCUGCUCGGUUGAACCACCCAACAUUUUCUGCUUCAAGAUACGAUUCUCCGUCCAGUGGAACUAGAACCGAAGUAGUUAUUGUACCAGAUGAUGACGAUGCUCCUACUUGCUGCAAGUACAUUGACAUAGAGUGUAAUUCUGAAAAGCGAUCCAGAUCAUCUGGAACACGUUUGGUGGAGUCGUCUGCAGAUGAUCCUGAGCUUACCGUUGUUAAAGAAACGCCAGGGAUAAAUUGCAGGGGCGAGACAACUACUGAGGUCUACUCAAGAGAUGAUUGUGCAAGUCCGAGGGCAACCCAUUUAUUUAGUGCAUUUCCUCAUCGAUCUUCUUCUCAUCCAAGAUCUGUCCAAAACUGUCUUUCUAGCCCUACUCUCACAUGUUCAGAAAUUGCCACUCCCGAGCAAGGAACUGCUUCUAAAGUAGACAACCAAGAACCUGAAGCAGAAUCACGCUGGAGUGCCAAUUCAAAUUUCGGAAAAAGAAGAAAGAUCAACUGUUUGUCAUCAGUCAGCCGUCUCCAUGAGUUUAGCAAUCCUGAAAAGGACUGCCGAAAAUUUAAGCCAUCUCUCUCAACACCGAAUAGUCCUGCUGUAUCCCGUAUCUCUUCUGAUCACAACAGAGACGAGGGACUACGAUUAUUCUGCUCACACUGCAAAAACCCAUUGGGCCUUCCAGAAAAUGAUUUACUAGUAAAGUGCUCUCACAUUUCAACAUCAAAAACUCAUUUGAUAUCUCUUCUGAAGAAGGCUUCGGAACCUGAAGCUUUAAUACCGUCAAGCGUGGAUGUUUUGGUAUCUGACGCGCCAUCAGUCCAUCCACGUGUCCUCACAUCUCAGGAAAGUGCUUGCGGGCAGGGGAUUUGGUGCAAGGAAGAUGGAUGCGUGUUCAACUCUAUAUUCUGCCCCUUCUGUGACCAGUCAGACAACUGCAUUGGUGUUCAUGUGGUGGCCACGGAUGAAUUGAAUACGCAGUUCCAAAAUAAGAUAUUAUUCUACCGGGAUAGCUUGGAGAUCAAGAAGUUUGAAGCAGAGAUGAAGAAAGUUGCAAAAUCAGAAAGGGUUUCGCCUUCACAUGGUGGCUCAAGUGUGGUUGAAAACACAAGUCCCAACGUGUUUGAGAAGUUUGCAUAUACUUCACCGGUUCAAGCUUCUGGAGGUUGGAGGUGCCCGAAAUCACGGAUGCGCCUGCCAAAGAAGGCAUAGAUUGUUACGAUGCAGUGAAUUAGUAGAGUCUACGGUGCAAAUUGUGGAAAGGAUUUGGACAUUGGUAGGAGUACAUUAUUACCUCAUGAAAAUAAGGUAUUGAAGGUGCUAUAUGUGUGAAGCAGAUGACUGUAUGAAUAUGAUUUUUGUUCAAGUUUCUAUGUAAAUGAAAAUCACAUUGCAUUAGUAAUGAAAUCUAAUGUAACUAUGUCCACCAGCAAUGCAUAGUAGAAGUUUAGUUUUUCUAAUUUUUGGCUGCAAAACAUUUGGGGUAGAGAGUUUUUGCAAUGACUGAGUUUUGUUGUAUAUGUAUAUAUAUAUAUAUAUAUAUAUGUUGGCAUUUGGAUAUUCUUUUUGAA